AUGUCGUCGGCGUCGGCGCCAAACGAAAAUAUGCAAAUCAUGAACGGCGUCGAGGUGCCGCCGUUCAGAAAUUUCCACGAAUUCCUGUUGGAGACUAAUCGAUACGAGCGCCCACCAUUCAACGACUUCAAACGCUGGAACAACCGUAUCAUCUCGAAUCUCCUGUACUUCCAAACCAACUAUUUCGUCACAAUCAUCGCUCUCUUCCUUUUACACACUGUCUACAGUUCACAGGACAUUUUCAUCGGCCUGAUUGCCGUUGUAGCUGUCAUUGCAACUCUGAUUUUCGCCGUUUCGGCUGAUGGCAAUAUUAAAAAGAUGCGCACCGACCAUCCAUUGGUCACUUUGGGUGGAAUCAUCGCCGUCGCCUACUUCUUCAUUUCCGUCUUCGCAUCCGUUCUCGUUGUCGUCUUCGCAUUGUUAUUCCCAAUCUUCCUGGUCCUCGUCCAUGCUUCUCUGCGUCUCCGCGGUUUCGCCAAUCGUGCUGCCAACGUCAAAGAGCAGCUGGGAAUCCGUACUUCUGUAAUGGGACAACUCCUCGAUCGAACCGGACUUAAUGUUAAGAUGUGA